AUGUCGUGGGGAGGUCCAGACAGGUGGCGUAAGCCAGAACUCCACGAGACGAUGAGGCAAAACAAACAGAAAUCAUCUAGCUUCGCUGACUUGGUGAUGGGUCGGUGCACGUUAGACGACGUGAUGCAGGAGUUCAAGAUGAACGGUUCAGACUCACCGUACACACCCGACGAUGACGCGCCGUGGACAAGGUCAGCUCCAAUCGUUCAUGACCACCAGGCGCAAGGACUGAAUCAGGAGCUGUCUGGUCUGGGUCAGUCCGGGGCAUACCUCCGGCAGAAGUCCUGGCCGGAACCAGACCGGUCACCCAUCAUACCGCUCGUCCGCCCGCAACCCCGCUGGCAUGAAGAGGAACUGUCGAAUGCAGCUAUAGUGCCGGGUGCGUCCCCCCCGCCGCACACGGUGGCGGGGGGCGCGGCCAUCACGGCGGAGCAGCUGCGGGUGCUGGCGGCGCUGCCCAACGCCGUGCUGUACGCGCUGCUGCGGGACAUGCGCCCCGCGGCUGACGAGCGGCGUCCGGGGAAGAGGAACCAGGAGGAGUGUCGGUUCUGCAAGAACAACGGCGAGCGCGAGUCGUACUACCGCUCGCACGCGCUGAAGCGGCCCGGCGGCGCCGUGGCGUGCCCCGUGCUGCGCGCCUUCGUGUGCCGCCGCUGCGGCGCCAGCGGGGACCGCGCGCACACCAUCAAGUACUGCCCGCUCUCCACCAACGAGGGUACGUUGCCCUACACCGCCCAUACCAUCCAAUACUGCCUGUUCUUUACCACCGAGGAACGCAUGAAGUCGGCCGCGAUGAUGCGCAGUGUCCGGUUGGCGUCGGGCCGGCGCAGGGCCUCGCCCCCCGCGCCCCUCGCGGCCCCCGCGCCUCACGACGCGUACAGCUACGCGCCCCUGGACCCGCUGUGGGCCGCCCUCGAACAGAAACUAAUGCUAUAG